GCCCACGGAACCUCUGCUCCUGGUAUCUAAACACAUUGUUAAAGCCGCCUGAUAAUGCCAUUCAUUAGCACUUUGUUGAUGUGAUGCUGUAAGGAAUAGUGAGCGGUCAUUUCUUCAACUUGGUGUCUGAACAGAGCGGCUGUUGCGAUGACAACAGACGAGACGGAGAGUUACCAGAAGAAGCCGAGGCAGCAGGAAGAAGCCAGCCAGGACGCCAGACCGCCCUCACCAAUGGAGGAGCAGCUCCGGCCACGCAACCGCAACUCUGCUGGUCGCGGCCUCUCCCGCCUCUUCUCAUCCUUCAUGAAGAGGCGCUCGCAGUGUGAGAGUGAGGCAGGAGAGAAGGAGGACAAGGAAGAAGAAGAAGCUAAAGCCCCCAUUGCUGACCCUGAACCUGAACUGAAGACAGAGGGAGAGGUCGCCCCAGACCAGCACUCAGUGAGCAGUGCUGAGGCUCUGGCUGUCCAGGUAGAGAAGAAAGAAGCUGAAGAGGGUGGAAAGGACAAAAAGAAUGACCAGGAGAAAGGAGAGGAAGCUGCCACGGAGAAUGAGGACAAGGAAGAAAAGAAAAGGGAGAAGGAGGAGUCCAGUCCUGAAGGAGGCAGUAAGGGAGAGAAGGAGGAGAAGGAUGAGGAGAAGGUGGAGAAGUCAGCAGAGGAGGAAGACAAAGCUCCCAGAGCUCCACGCCGGCCCAAGACUAUGCAGAUCAAAGUCACCCUACUGGACGACACUCUGUAUGCAUGUGAGCUGGAUAAACAUGCCAAAGGCCACGAGCUGUUCAUGAAGGUGUGUGACCACCUCAACCUGCUAGAGAAAGACUACUAUGGCCUGGCCAUCUGGGGGACCCCCACCAUGAAGACUUGGAUGGACCUUACCAAGGAGAUCCGCAGGCAGGUACAAGGUGCCAACUAUAAUUUCACAUUCAAUGUGAAAUUUUAUCCACCGGACCCAGCCCAGCUGUCUGAAGAUAUAACAAGGUACUACCUGUGUCUCCAGCUGCGGAAGGACAUCCUGCAGGGCCGCCUUCCCUGUUCCUUUGUCACCCUGGCCCUGCUGGGGUCCUAUGCCCUGCAGUCAGAGCUGGGCGAGUACGACCCUGAGGUGCAUGGCAACGAAUAUGCUAAGGACAUGAAAAUGGCCCAGGGUCAGACCAAGGAGCUGGAGGACAAAAUGAUGGAGCUUCACCAUACAUACAGGUCAAUGAGUCCAGCCCAGGCAGACCUGAUGUUCCUGGAGAAUGCCAAGAAACUCUCCAUGUAUGGAGUGGACCUCCACCAGGCCAAGGAUCUAGAUGGUGUUGACAUUAUGCUGGGGGUUUGCUCCAGUGGUCUGAUGGUUUACAAAGAGAAACUGAGAAUCAACCGUUUCCCCUGGCCCAAAGUUCUCAAGGUCUCAUACAAACGUAGCAGUUUCUUCAUCAAAAUAAGACCAUCUGAGGUGGAACAGUAUGAAAGUGCAAUUGGAUUCAAACUACCCAAUUAUAAGGCAGCCAAGAAGCUGUGGAAAGUAUGUGUUGAACAUCAUACCUUCUUCAGGCUGACCUCCACUGAGAUGGCCACCACUCCUAGGAAGUUCCUGGCUUUGGGCUCUAAGUUUCGCUACAGUGGUCGGACUCAGGCUCAGACCAGACAGGCAAGCUCUCUCAUCGCCAGACCAGCUCCUCUGUUCCAGCGCUCCUCCAGCAAGAGGAACUCACACAGCAUGGAUGGAGUCAUGGCGUCCACUCCGGACAAUAAAUCCACUCGUCCAGUCAGUGCCCCCAUUAUGUCACCAAUGUCUCCUGAGGAGGCUACCCCGUCACCACUGCUACACACCCUGCUUCGCUCUGACGGUUCCACACCCAAAGGCCACCGAUCUGCAGACAGGAAGGCAGAGGUAAAGGCGGAAGGUCAGCCAGCCAAGUACACCAAGAGCCACAGUCCCAGACCAGAGUCCACUCCGGAAAUCAAGACAGUGGCCAGGAGAGAGCGGAGGCACUCCCCAUCUGUGACCACUGCCAAUGGGGCAAGAGAGAGUCAGCACUCUCCUCAGGACAAAACAAAGACGGAGAUGGUGCGAGUGAGGAAGAAAAGAGCUAAGAAACUUGAGGGUGAAACUAUUUACAUCAGACAUAGCAAUUUAAUGUUGGAGGACAUGGAUAAGACCCAGACUGAGAUCAUGCGUCACCACACUAGCAUCAGUGAGCUGAAGAGGAGUUUUAUGGAGUCGGUACCGGAGCCUCAGCCAAGUGAGUGGGACAAGCGUCUUUCCACCAACUCACCUUUCCGCACAGUGAGCAUCAAUGGCCAGCUGCAACCAGCGUCACCCAUGCUAAAGACCCAGACAAUCACCAUCUCAGAUAUCACCAACUCCCUGAGAGGAAGUGUGACCUACAAGGACAUCCCCUUAGUUCACACUGAGACCAAGACCAUCACAUACGAAUCAGCACAGGUGUCUCUCCCACAGCCGGUGGACAGCCUGGCAGAGAGGGACUCAGGGGUGCUGCUGAGUGCCCAGACCAUCACCUCAGAGACCAUCAGCACCACCACCACCACCCAGAUCACCAAGACGGUGAAAGGAGGGAUCUCUGAGACUCGCAUUGAGAAGAGAAUUGUCAUCACUGGAGACACUGAAAUUGACCAUGACAAGGCUUUGGCUCAGGCCAUUAAAGAGGCAAAAGAGCAGCACCCAGAUAUGUCUGUUACCAAAGUGGUUGUUCACCAGGAAACAGAGAUCACCCCAGAGUAAGACAGACCUAUCCUUUGGAAGACCUUAGACUUCUCAGCUGCCCCCACUCCCUCCUUACUUUCAUCUCCAUCACACCAUUUUACCACAGCACCCCCGCCACCACACCCAACUGCACUUCCUUUGACAUGAACCACCAGACCACAUCAGAGGGAACAAGCUUCUGCGUUGAACUAUGAACUUCAUGGUGUGAAGUUUGCCCUGAACAUAUACAGUCACCAGAAAGAGCACUCCUUGUAUUCUCCACAAUCCUCGUUUGUUCCACUUACUACCAAAAGAACAACGUCUGGACUGAUGGAGAAAAAACUUUUUUAAAUAGAAAAUAAUGAAUAAUGAAAAUAAAGUACAGCAUUUAUAGAUUUAUUUCUCUCCAAUUUGUCUGGAGAUUUUAAGAACAUUUUCAAGGGCAUUUGGUCUUUUAAUCUAGAGAUUACUAGUACUUUUUUUCUACAUCUUUUCAUUACAUUAUAAUUGGUUAUCAAUUACUUGGAGGUCAGGUGUUUUUUAACAGUGUGUUCCAAGCAGUAUCACAAAGGGAUUGUGAUAAAUUUUUUGUAGGAUUGUACACAUCAGGACUCAAGAAUCCCUCUAAAAUCUUAGCACAGGUUUGGUGUCAUUCUUGUACAGCAAAUAUUUUAUUUUCCCUCUCAAUAUGAAAAAGUAUUUUUUCAAUUUAUUAUAAAAAAUAUUGAUUUUAUUAAACCAUGGGGGCAAUUACUCCAUUCACCUUAUUUAAGGUUCUGUCUUAAUAUUUUUUUGGAGUGAUCAUAUAUCUUUUGACCGUUUUUGUUGUUGUUGUUGUUGUUGUGCUUGUGUUAGAACAGGGUAUUAUCAGAACCACUGAGACAGCAGUGUACUGAAAUGGCCUAUUCUGUAUUUAUUCCCACCUCUGUCUUAUUUUUGUGUGUUUUGAGUUUUAGUUCUACUCAGUGCAGUUGUAUGUAACUUCCUCAUUUUGUAUUGAGAGCAUUCCAGUCACCGGAUCCAGUUUAAGCCAUUUCUACUGAGCAUGACAUCAGCACCUACAGUAUUAUGUUAGGUAUUUUUAUAUGUUUUACAUUUAAAAUUUUUCUAAUAAAUGGGCAGUGUGUAUUCAUCCUGGAAUUUCAAUGACAAUAAACUCAAACAUGACAUGAGUAAAUUCUC